AUGAGUGUGAAUCAGAAGUUGACAAAAGAUGAGCAUGGAAAAAAUGUAGACCCAAGUCUUUAUAGAAGCAUGAUUGGAAGCUUACUCUACCUCACAGUCAGCAGGCUAGAUAUGUCUUUCAGUGUUGGAGUUCGUAUACGAUAUCAAGCAACACCGAAGGAGUCUCAUUCGAAAGCUAUUAAACGUAUCAUUAAAUAUGUUCAUGGUACUACAGAAUAUGGAAUUUGGCAUUCAAAAGACUCCAACUCACAUCUUGCGGGUUAUAGUGAUGCAGAUUGGGCAAGAAACAUUGAUGAUAGAAAAAGCACCUCAGGAGGAUGUUUCUACCUUGGUGCACCGAAGCCACAAAAAUUAGUGGAGAUUGGUAAAAGGAUUGCUGAGAAAUGUGGAAGAUUACCACUUGCUAUACAAGUGUUGGGGUGUAUUAUGUGUUAUAAGAGAGAAGAAAGUGAAUGGCAGGCCAUGUUGGAAAAUAUUGAAACAUGGAAGUUUCAACAUACGAAAAAUAAAAUCAUGCCAGAGCUGUGGCAAAGCUAUGUUGAUUUGCCUACUCAUUUAAAGAAAUGUUUUGCCUUUUGCGCCAUAUUUCCAAAGGAUUACAAUAUUGAGGAAGUGAAGCUGAUUCAGUUAUGGAUGGCUCAUGGGUUUAUUGCAUCUCAAAAAGGAGACAAUAUGGAAGUUAAAGGGCGAGAGAUUUUUAGGGAGUUGAUAAAGCGAUCUCUUUUGCAAAAUGAGUGCUUUGUUCAUUCAAGUAAAAAAGGAAGUGUGUGUAAGAUGCAUGAUCUCAUCCAUGAUCUGGCAUACUUUGUUAUGGAGAAUGAAUGCUUCCCAUCAUUGAACAUCAGUGCAGGUCCCGAAAUUCUAAUAUCACUAUGUCAUUUGACUUUUUAUGCUGACUCUUAUGUUGACGAAAAUUAUUACCAAGGUGAUUGCUCCAUCAUUCAUACUGUGCGAUAUUGUCCAGGAAACUUAAGUGUGUUGUCAAAGCUGAAGUUGCUGAGAGUGCUUGACUUGAGUUAUGCAUACAUUGAUGGGUUGCCUGCAUCGAUAGAGCAUUUGCAUCAUCUAAGAUACCUCGAUAUUUCUUAUACUCUUAUUAGGAAACUACCAGAAUCCAUCGGUAUGCUAGUUAAUCUGCAGACAUUUACUCUCUAUGGUUGUCGUGAACUUUCUGAGCUUCCCAAGAGCAUAACAUACAUGAACAAUAUUAGACACCUUCUUUUUUAUUGUAGUACACAGUUGGAGGCAUUCCCUGCUAAUUUGAGUCAAUUACCAAACUUGAAAACACUACUAGUACAUAAUGUAGAAGAUGAUGUAGAGAACAAUAUUAGACAAUUAAAGUCCUUGAAUCCCUUCGGUGAACUUGCUUUGUAUAAUCUCCAGAAGGUGAAGAAUGCUGAUGAUGCUAGAAAAGCUGAUACGGAAUGGGAUAAGCUCCCUCCACUAGAGAUAUUACCCUGUCUUGAGCAUCUCAGGCUGUUGAAAAUGGAUGGCAUCAAACACAUUGUUAAUGUCAGAGAAGGCAAUGUACCGCAAUCAUUCCCUGCAUUGAAGAAGUUGAUUUUAGAUGGAAUGAAGAACUUAGAGGGGUGGUGUGUGGAGGAGGCUGGAGAGGCAAAUCUAUACUUGCUUCCGGGCCUCAUUCAGAUAAAGAUUACUAAAUACCCCAAGUUGACAACAACCAUGACAUCCAUUCCAACUCUCCAAGAGUUACAUAUGGAUAAUUCAUUCUGUGAGACACAAAUCUCUGGCAUGUCCUGGGAAAGAAGGUUCUUCAAGCAUUUGAAAUCUCUUCGGAGUUUGAGUAUAAAAUAUUGUACCGAGGAGUUGGUUUUAUUGCUGGAAAAUGAAGAGGAUAUAAGAGCCAUGAAGUCAUCACUUGAGAGUUUAGAGAUUUUUUAUUGCAAUCAGUUAUCAUUGAGAUUGGUUUUGCAGAACCUUCCAUCUCUAAGAGACCUACAGGUGAAGUCGCUUGAAAAGCUAGUGUCUUGGCCAGACGAGUUGCAAGGCAUGAACUCCCUCAAUAAUCUGACAAUUAGUUCUUGUAAGAAAUUGACCAGUAUAUCAUCACAAGGUGACUGCGGUCCACCUUUUCUGAAGUGUCUUUGGGUUUUUGGCUAUGAUGCCCUUAGAGAAUUGCCCAUGUGCCCCAAAUCUCUCCAAUCCUUGAUUAUUACCGAUUGUCGAGUAAUGGAGUCUUUGUGGCCAGAAAUGGGGCACCUUACUUCUAUCCACAUUAGAAGUGUGUGA